CAAAAUAGGGGCGGUACUUUUAACUCUUCAUUCCCUCCCCUACAUGCAUCCAAACUUCCCAUUAGCCGAUCAUUAGCCAUAAUAAUGUUGCUUUGUUACUAAAGUGCCUUAGGUGACGAGAUCACAGUCCUUCCAUACGUUCUGGACGGCAUAGCCAACCCUGAUUCCUUAUCUACAACAAACUGACCAUCACGUCAUUUUGUCUGCAGUAGUUCUCUAACUGGUUAAAUCCAUAUUUUUUUACCGACAAAAUCAUUUGCUUGAUCAAUUAGUCUUCAUUAUAUAUUGACACAUGUUCCCGGUGUCUGCUAAAUGAACUGCAACAUUUGCUUAAAAGAAGAAAGUGGGAUAUCUUGUCGAGGAGAAGGGCAGACAUGCAGGUGAGCAAUUGUAACAUGCAAUAGCACAGUGUCAUUCUAACUCAAUUUGCACUAGGUGUUAACAACAAACGAACACCAAAACAUGCAAUCCACUUCUGACGUGUGCCUACAGAUAUCCACUUUGUUGUAUUGCUUACAGCGAUGCGUCCGCCUGCGAUUUAUAGAGCUAACGCUGUCAGAUCUGCACGACCGUUUUUUUUCUCCCCUCUUCCAGACCACCACGGGUCUGGUGCUCAGAGCAUCCUUCACUAGUGUCCACGUUAUCCCACUAGCGGGCACAUCGCGCCUGACUUUCUCCGUGCUGGAAAUAUCAGUCUCAAUGAUCAUAGCUUCGUUUGUUCAUAUAAUCAUUUGCAUUUACUCGUCCUGUCAUUCCACCCGGGUCAAUGUAUAUAGACGCGUUUAAACGGAUCCUCUUCGAAAGGCUGAAUUGCUUGAAAAGAAUGUGUGUAUGUCAACGACAAGGCAGCUCGUUUGCCAUGUCUAAGACGGCCGUGAGGAAGCUGCACUGGCACUCAAAGUUGAAGGACAGCUUCGUGCCCCUGGUGGGGUCUUCGGCCGACCUGGGCGUGGCCAUUGGUGGAGGAGCCGACUACGCAGAGUUCCCAUUCGUCACCUCGGCUCCGGGGGGCGGGCUCACGGUGGGCGAUGUGAUCCUGGAGAUCGGAGGCACCCCGGUCCUGGGGAUGACGCUGGGAGACGUGCGGGGGGUCCUCAGCUCCUGUCCCCACCCCGUACGCAUCAAGACGGUGUCGCCCGGUUCGUCACUGUGUAAGGAUCUCAGGUUGUAUCUCAGUAAGUGUUUCACCCCCGGCUCCGUGGACAGCCAGCUACAGCAGGUCAUCCGGGAAAACCUCUACCUCCGCGCUGUACCAUGUACGAGCAGGAAGCCCCGGGUCGGGGAGACUUCCGGGGUGGACUACAACUUUGUCUCCGUGGAGGAGUUCUUCGCCCUGGAGGAGUCAGGAGCGCUGCUGGAGAGCGGCAAGUUCAAAGGGAACUAUUACGGGACUCCCCGGCCCGUCCACAUCAGCUCGGAGAGCCCACCCAUCACCUACCAGGAGCAUCGCAACCUUCUCAAAAAAUUCCGCACACGCAGCAAGUCUCUGAGCAACCUGGAGAAGGCGCUGGAGGAGGCGGUGGAGGAGGGGGACAACAGCGAGGGAGACUCUGCUCCGCCAGGCAGCAGAGGAGGAGGAGGAGGGGGGGGGGGGAGGGCCCCCCUGAUCCGCCACUCCCCCGGCCGGCCCCGGGGCCACAGCGCUGGCGAGGGCGGGGCCCUGGAGCACCUGGAGGGCCUGGGGGGCGCCGGCAGAGCAGGAGGGGCCCGGUCGCGGGCCGGGAUGGCGGACCGCUGGGAGCAGGCGUUCAGCGACCCGGGACAGCCUUACUACGCAGCGCACAACCCAAAGAGGAGCAGCUGGCAGAGCAUGCGGGGAAUGAGCAGGGAGACGCUUUACAAGAAUGAAUGGUUUACGGACGAGCCCGAGGAUCUCAGGGGUUUCCCCGUGCACACGUGCAUCUUCAAGGGGCCCCGAGGGUUCGGCUUCAACAUUGUGGGGGGCACCGGGCUGCACGAGUUCCUGCAGGUGUACAGCGUCACCUCGGACGGACCCUCCGCACUCAAGACAGCGGACAUCCUGGUGUACGUGGGGGACGCCUGCGUUCUGGGCGUGUCCCACAAGCAGGUGGUGGAGAUCCUGAAGGCGGUGCCGGCGGGCCACAGCGUGGACGUGGAGGUGCGGCGGGGCUACCCCAUGCUCUACAACCCCGACGGCUGCCCCAAGCCCCUGCACCAGGCCAUGUCCUCCAGCCGCGACACCAUGCGCUCCCCCACCACCACCCAGCCCCAGUCGCUGCACCACCCCCACCACCGCUCCCAGGGACGGCCCCGCCUCUCCUCCGCCUCCUCCCUCGGCCGCCACUCCCACCACGACGGCGACGGCUACGGCUACGGCUACGGCUACGGCUACGGCUACGGCGAGCGCAGCUACAUGGAGCCCGGCGUGCUACGGGGGCUGGACGCCAACGGGAACGCCCACGCCGGCUCCAGGUCGGCGCCGCCCUACAGGCGCUCCAGCGCCAGCAACGCCGACUCGGCCGUCCCCGUCCGCCUGCCCCGGUCGCUGAGGAGGCUGCAGUCCCUGGACCAGAACCUGGCCAGCCAGAGCGACAGCGAGGUGGUCUCGGCUCUCGGCUCCCACCGGGCCUCCAUGAUCCGUAACUACAACAACAACUCCCUCUCGGAGCCGCCCCGCCCCUCACGCUACAAGUCCUCGGAGAGCGACCUGUCCUCCUGCACCGUGCCCGGCUCCCGGCUGCCCGUGCCCCACCCCAGCGAGAGGAGGCCCUCCUCGUCCUCCGGGGGCCCGCGCAGCCCCAGGAGCCCGCACCGCGCCUCCCAGCCCUACUCCCACCUGCGGCCCCAGGGCGCCCACCUCCGGCCCCCGCCGACCCAGGACCCCAGCCCCCUCCGGGGCCACAACGGCUACCGCAGCGCCAGCCCCACGAGCGUGUCCUCGUCCCCGGGGGCCCUGGGGAACGGAGGGGGCGGCUGGGCGGCCGGCUGGGCGGCCGGCGGCGGCGAGCUGGUCCCCGUGGCCCUGGCCCAGUCUGAAGGGGACCUGGGCUUCAGCAUGACGGCCGGGGGCCUGGGGGGCGAGGUGACGGUGGUGAAGAGGGUGUGGGACAGGCGGCAGUGCAGCUCCCUGCAGCCAGGGGACGCUAUCGUCAAGAUCAACGGAGCCGACGUCCAGGCUCUUAGCUUUGCACAGGUCCAAAGAGUUCUCCUGGAGCACACCAAACUGGGAGAAGUGGUCCUACUGGUUUACAGGGGAGGCCACUACCCGUCCAGCGCCUCGCCCAGCUCCCCCCGGCGCCUCCCCCCGCCCCAGCUCCACCCGCCCCCUCCCCCGGGGGGCUCCCCGUGCGACGAGGUCUUCACCUCGCCCCCCGUGGUGCUGCUGCCGCGGCCGCGCUCCGCCCUGAGCGUGCCGUCGCCCCCGGCCGCCCGGCGCUCGGCGCUGGUCCAGAGCACCAGCUUCCUGGAGUCCAUCCCGGUCACGCUCACCAUGGAGCCCCGCGACUGGAUGAACACCGGCCUGGAGGAGGAGGGGGACGCCGCCACCGCGCCCCCCCGGGCGGGCUCCGCCCAGGGGAAGCGGGGGCCCGGCGACCGGCCCCGCGUCCCCCGCGGGUUUGACGUGGAGCUGAAGCGCAAAGCGGGAGAGGGCUUCGGCUUCGUGAUCGCCUCGCAGGACGUGGAGAACGGCAAAGGUGAGGAGCUAGGAGGCUACUGGUGA